UAUACAAAUUGACAUACAUACAUACACAUACACACAUCUUGAACAUAAACAAAUUUACUUACAAUGUGAAUACAAAGUGAUUCCUACGAACCAAUAAAAACUAAUACUGAAAAGUUUUGCUCCAUAAAAGUAAACAUAAAUAUUUUUUUAACUUUUUGUGUAAUUUUCCUUAAUGCUAUAAUAUAUGUACAUAUGUACGCUGUGUAUUCGUUUUCAUAUUUACUCAUAUGCUGCAAGGCCAACGAGCACAAUAUGCUCAUGUAAAUGACUUUGAAAAUACAUACGCACGUACAAAUGUAUGUGCUUAGAGGUUGCUGUUUACAAGAGAAUCGUCAUCGUCGCAAAAGCAAUAUGUAAUAGCAUGUCAACUACUACUGCAACUAAUAAAACAACAGUUAUAGUUACAAGUGAUAGCAGAGAAAGAGAAACAGCAAGAGAAAAGGCUGUGUAUCAUCAAACGAAGACGACGACGACAGUUGAAAAAAAACAGCACGAUAAAUUACCAAAUGCAUUCUCUGGUGCCCUUGACAUGAACGCAUCUGUUGUUACAACACGCUCUUCAUACACUACUCCUUCCUCCUCAUCAUCCUUGGCAACGUGCAUAAAUGGGCAGCCCACAAUAGCGGCCGUGCACCAUCAGCAGCAAAACAAACAACACAAACAACAUCGCCACUACAUGCUUAAGCAGCAAGCAUCUAUGGAGUGUUGUGAUAAUGAUGAUGAAUUGGUAAAGGAUUCACAACAAGCAACAUUUACAUCAUCGCCAUCAGCCUCAGCCUCUGUUGAUGUUCCUUUGCAGCUGCCGCCCACACAGUUCUGUUGUAAUAAAAUUAAUGCCAACGUAAUUCCUUUAAUUACUCAUAAAGCUAUGCGGACUAUACCAUCCGACAAGAUCAACUUGCGCUUAAUCUUAGUUUGCGGUAAAACGAAAGAAUUUUUAUUUAAUCCCUCUGAUUCUGCUGGUGAUAUAGCCCAAACAGUGUUUGAAAAUUGGCCAGAAGAUUGGUCACAGGAAGCUGUUUCCAAGGCCGAAAUCUUAAGGUUAAUUUACCAAGGCCGUUUUCUACACUGCAAUGUGACUUUGGGUGCAUUGGGACUUCCACUGGGUAAAACGACUGUUAUGCAUUUAGUACCCCGUGAUAAUUUACCAGAGCCCAAUUCACAAGAUCAAAGACAAAAGAGUAAAGGGGGCUCUGGACGAUGCUGUUCCACAAAUUGCUGUAUUUUGUAAAUUUUAUGUGAAUAUUUUAUUUAAUUCGUUUAUUAUGUUCACUGUAGAAUAAACCUAAUUGAGCAGCUUGCAUUAGUUUUAAUAUACAUUUA